AUGGUAUUGGCACAAAAACAGACGUGUCGCUGGGACAAAACAAACCUGGCUCCACCCGUUCAGGCCAACUUCACCCUGAGUGCUGUGACCUCAGCCCACAGUGGGACCUACAGGUGCUACAACUCACACAACAGUGCUCCACACCUGCUGUUGCUCCCCAGCGACCCCCUGGAGCUCCAGGCCUCAGGACCUGCAGGGAGGCAGCGCACGGUGUUCAACAAAGAACAGUUACGCGAACUUGAGGAACACUUUGUAAACAACCAGUACCCGAGCUACCGGGCUCGCGAGGACCUGGCGGCCAGGCUCAACCUGGAGGAGUACAAAGUGCAGGUGUGGUUCAAGAACCGCCGGGCCAAAAACGCUCGGCUGAAGCGAUUGACCCAGGGGCCUGGCCAGGGUUCCCGCAGCGCUUCCACCGACGGAGGAGUCCCCGACGCCCCCGCUCCCAGGACUGCCUCUAUCCCUGCCGCCGCGGCUGAAGUCUCUGCGCCCCCAGAGGGCCCGGGGUUCCGCAGCCCCGCCAGCAUGCUCAGUGCACCAGCGCCCGGCGGCGUCCCUAGCCAAGGCCAGGCCAGCUGCGCCCUGGCACAGGGCGCCCAGGAUGACUUCCCUAUGGCAGCUCCAGCCUCGACCCCAGGUCCAACUUCAGCCCCGACUCCAGACUGGGUUCAGGACCCCUGCGCCGCCUCGGACUCCUGGCCAGACUCUGUUGUCAUCUUUGAUUUCACAGACCUCUUCCCGCUCCAAGAACCCUCCCACGAACCUCCCUCCGUCUUGUUCUCGGAGUACCAAAAGGGAGAUGACUCUGCGGAUGAGAACGACUCCGGCCCCCAGCAGUUUCUGAGUUUAUAGAGUCGUCUGUCCGAGCAAAGUCCUGAAGACCUUGGCCUGCGCUGGCGUGCAGAAACCCUGGCAGCUUGGCCAAUCACCAAGUAACGGCUAGUCACUGUCGGGAGAGACGCACCUCCGUGUAUCCAGCCUGCGGAGGGGGUCAUUUGUGUUCACCGAGAAGCGGCCCUCGGGGGUCGCGCUGCUCUGAGUGUCCCCGCCACUAUAUUUAGGGCGCACGAGGGCAGUUCAGCUGGUUCCUAAGCCAGCCAUGGAAUUGCUGCUCCCGGUGUGUGCUUGGCUUUGGUGGGUGCCACCCGCAGGAACUUCCCAGGGGACACUUGACCAGCCUCGAUCACCCAGAGCUCCUGCUGAUCCCCAGGGACAUUUAGGAUGUGAGCCUUUGUGAUGUUUGCCCAUCUGCUGUCUGGCGACUUCUCUGAUUUUUCAUAUUGAUCCCCUGAUGAGAGAGAAACUGAGCCCUACUCGUGUUUAUUAGGCGUUAGGAAUACUUGCAGAGUGCCCUUUUUUAUUUUUUGAAAUUUUUUGUUAAUUUUUCUUAAUUUGUUUGAAUUUAUCGUUUUAUCCCCUUUGAUAAUUAAAGUGUUGCAAACA